AUGAAAGGUCUCAAACCUCUCCAUCGGGCUUUCCAAGCCAGCACUCUAACUCACCGAAUACACACUCAGCCCCUCCACACAACCUCCUACCUGCAAGCACAGAAAAUCACUCAAGCAGAAGAAGUCAUACUGGAAAGGUGCAUCCUCAACCCAGAACAUGCAGAAAGCUGCCAAUCAGGCACAGACGACGAAGUCGCCCGCCACAACUCCCCCUACGCCCCUUUCCCAACAAGCCCUGAAAAAGAGCAUCUGGCACUGAGGGAGGAAUACAGGUUGGAAGGCGAUACUAAACACAAUCCACUACUCGUCAGCCCUGCAAACCUGGAUGUCAGCCUAAUGGAACCGACAGUUUGUGCUGUUCAUAAUUUGCAUCACCUACGAAGUGUUAAAGGCUGGACGAAUAAGCAUAAGGAGGUACUUCUUCUGAAGACACCAUAUGAGUUCAGGAAAUAUGAGCAUGUGUUCUUCGAGUUGAGGAAGCCGAAUCAAAUGAGUUUGGGAAAGUGGUGGAAUAGUUAA